AUGCCGCCGGUGAUCGCCGUCCGUUUCCGAGCCGUGUACUCUUCGCCGGUGACGGCGCCCUGCGCCUCCUGCGGCCGCCCAUUCGUCGAUGGACGGCGUCAGGAGCACGAGCGUAUCUGCGCGCGACUGGCCGGCCGGCGGCGGAGCGUCUACGACUCUCAGCGGCACCGGCUGGCGGGCACCGAGCACGGGCCGCUCUACGCCAGAGCGCGGCACCUCCCGGCUCCGCCGGUGAGGGAGAGCCGGUGGCGGCAGCGGCACGAGGAGCUGGUGACCGCCGUUCGCGCAGCGCGUUCUCAUACGCUGUGUGGUUGGCGACUGCUCCAGAGGCCCGGCGUACUCACAACACCAGCCAUCUGUGGUGGCAGCUGCCAACGUGACCUGUCCUCAGCAGAACCAAAUUUUUAUGAUGUGCUGGGUGUGACACCACGCUCCUCCUCCAAGCAUAUCAAGGCUGCCUAUUUCCGUCUCUCCAAGAAGUACCAUCCAGAUCGGAAGAGCGGCAACGCCAUCAAGUUCCAGCAGAUCAGCGCCGCUUACGAGGUGCUGGGUAACCGGCACCGGCGGCGAGUGUACGACAGCGGCCGGCACCACGGGCACGGGCACCACGGCCACCAACGGGGCCCGGCGCGGCACGGUCCCGACUUCCACGCGCCGCCGGCCGGCCGCUCGGCCACUCCGCACACGGGCCGCUCGGCGCACUUCGACUAUGACGCCUGGUCACAGGCCCACUACCAGGAGCUGCGCUCGCGGGAGACCAAGUCGCGCGAGGAGUACGCCAUGGCCGCCGAGAAGCAGCGCGACCGCCGCGAGGAGCGUGUGCGCGGCUUCGUCGUGUGCGCCGCCAUCCUGGCCAUGGCCGCGUAUGUGGGUCUGCUGACGGACGACGGGCUGGCGCGCGGCGGCGCUUCCCCGGCCCGGCCGCCGCCGCCGCCGCCGCCCUGACACCCGAGUCAGUAGAUAGCUGGUCUAGCCACGGGGAAUAAGUCGCCUUUUGACGGACUUUAGACGCACCGCGGUAAGUGCGCCGGGUAAUUUCUGUUAUUGUUGACUGACUCGGUGUUUUGGGUGGACUACGCGAGUGACCGCCGGUACUAAAGAUGGCGAUCGUGAAGCGCAAAAGCGGGGUGGCUGAGCAUAUAGCUGUGGGACUGAGCUUGUGGCUGUGGCACCGUGCGACGUGCAAAUGUGCAAAAAACAAGCCGGCGAGUUACCCAGCCCUACCGCCUGUCAUAACCGACAGAAUUAGUAACUUUGUCCCCCAUCAAAUAAUGUCAAAGAAGUACUUAUGGGAAGGAUGUCCGACAACUGAUAGUGAUCGCAUUGCUAUCCGCAUAUCGGACAUUUACCUGUAACAGGACGUAUGAGACGUUUGUUCCUGCCCUUCGACCGGGCUGACGCUAGAUAACUACCUGACGAGUAGCGCGAUACGACUGAUGAAUAUGAGCUGAUCCCUACUGGACGAGGAAGCUAGCGGCACACUCUUGCCAUGUAAAUCAUGCCCGCGUGUAACCUGGUGCAAUAGAGAAUACAAGAAUGAUACUAUC